UUUCACACGAUCCAACUUACACGGAAGAUCGGGCGCUAGAAAGCAAUACUCUAGAAACUUAGGUGAAAGAAGUUGAUUUGAUAUAUCGCGUUUACAUAUAAAAGUGCGUUGUUCUAUCAAAGUUCCUUUUGCUAAUAAAUAAAAGCAAUUACUUGUGCCAUUGUCCAAAAUAAUUAUUAUAAACAAUUUAAAAGAAAAAAAAGAACCAUGUCUUCUGGAUUUGUUUUUGAGCAUUUUGCAGAAGUUGUUGUUAUUGUCCAAAAAACUGUUUCAAAACCUAUCAAGUCGAUAGUAAAGAAAUAGUUAGUUUUUUUUUCGUGGGUGUGUUAAAGAACAAUAAACAAACAUAAAUUGAAAAAAUGUUUAAUAAAUAUUUAGAAAAAUUAUCAAAUACUAUCACUUCGGUGAAUUUUAAGCACAGUGCUAAUAAACUCAAAACUCCACGUAAAAUGGAAUGCAAAGCAAGUAAUAAUAUUUAUCACAGAAAUGAUAUUAUUAAAAGACCUAGUCAAAGUAAUAGUGAAAGUUCAGUGGAUUCGGAUGAGGAGCACAAUCGGAUGAAUCAAUAUAUGGGAUCGGAAGAAAUUAGUGCACUAGUCAAUUAUAUGCCAAUAAUGAAGUUGCCAAAUGAAAUAUCAAUAGCGUUGGCGGAAUUGCGGAGGACUCUGUAUUUUUAUUCGUGGUUUCACGGGAAUCUAUCCGGCAAGGAAGCUGAAAAACUUAUUCUGGAACGCGGAAAGAACGGCUCAUUUCUCGUGAGGGAAUCUCAAAGCAAACCCGGUGACUUUGUUCUAUCAGUGCGGACAGAUGACAAAGUAACGCAUGUAAUGAUCCGAUGGCAAGAUAAGAAAUACGAUGUUGGUGGAGGUGAACCCUUCUCGACGCUGAGUGAAUUAAUCGAACACUACAAACGGAAUCCAAUGGUGGAGACGUGCGGUACUGUUGUGCAUUUAAGGCAGCCGUUCAAUGCAACGCGGAUAGCGGCAGCUGGAAUCAAUGCCAGAGUAGAUCAGUUGGUUAAGGGUGGUUUCUGGGAGGAAUUUGAAUCGCUGCAGCAGCAAGAUAGUAGAGAUACAUUCUCGCGACGUGAAGGCUACAAAAACGAAAACCGAAACAAAAAUCGCUACAAAAAUAUUCUUCCAUAUGAUCAUACUCGAGUUAAACUUAGUGACGUUGAUCGCAGUAUUGCCGGUGCCGAAUACAUUAAUGCUAAUUACAUUCGCUUACCCACCGACGGUGAUUUGAACAAUAUGAGUUCGUCAUCGGAAAGCUUAAAUACGGUCUCAUCAUGCCCGGCAUGUACUGCCGCAUAUAUGCAAAAGAACUGUCAAAAUUGUCAAAUGUUAAACAAAACAUGCGUACAAUGUGCCAUGAAAACGGCUAUCUUGCCGUACAAUAACUGUACCACCUGUAAUAAAAAAUCUGAUACGAUGCACAAACACAAACGUAGUGAAUCGUUGACAUCUGCGCGAAAAGACGAGCGAGAAAUGUUCAAGACUUACAUCGCCACUCAGGGCUGUUUACAGAAUACAAUUCAGGAUUUCUGGAACAUGAUUUGGCAAGAAAACACUCGAGUUAUUGUAAUGACCACCAAAGAGUAUGAAAGAGGUAAAAAUAAAUGUGCUAAAUAUUGGCCAAGUGAAGGCAAUACCAAGGAAUGGGGACAUGCCAAGAUUACAUGCCUUUCAGAAAGUUCGACUAGUGAUUAUACGUUGCGGGAAUUUUUCUUCUCGUGGCGUGGCAAACCUGAACGUCGAAUUUUCCACUAUCAUUUUCAAGUAUGGCCUGAUCAUGGAGUACCCGCCGAUCCAGGUUGCGUUUUGAAUUUCCUUCAAGAUGUCAACACAAAACAAAGUCAAUUGAAUCAAGCAGGAGACAAACCUGGGCCGAUUUGUGUCCAUUGCUCGGCUGGUAUUGGCCGAACAGGAACAUUUAUUGUUAUCGAUAUGAUUUUAGAUCAAAUCGAUCGAGAAGGUUUAGAUACUGAGAUUGACAUCCAACGCACAAUCCAAAUGGUCCGUUCUCAACGUUCUGGUCUAGUACAAACUGAAGCACAAUAUAAAUUUGUCUACUAUGCUGUUCAGCACUAUAUUCAAACCUUGAUUCAAAGGAAACGUGCCGAAGAACAGAGUUUACAAGUUGGCAGGGAAUACACUAAUAUUAAGUAUACAGGUGAAAUCGGCAACGAUUGCCAACGUUCUCCUCUACCACCAGCAAUAUCUAGCCUUAGUUUGGCCAGUAAAAAUGACAAUAUGCCAAAUUCACUGAAGCAGCAGCAGCAGCAACAAAAUCUUCCACCACAACCAGCACCAAAACAACCGAUGCGGUAUCCAGUAAACGAGGCAAGCUUACUUGCCAACAAACAACAACAUAACAACGAUAAUUCUCUAGCAGCGGCCACAGCCACGGCAGCAUCUAAUGCUAGUAAUCAGCAGCUGCUGCAACAACAACAGCAUCAACAGCAGCAGCAUCAUCAUCAUCAUCACCAUCAAACAGCAUACGAAAACAUUCCCAAAGACAUGAGGCCACCGCCUCCUACACCACCGCGUAAAACAUGACAGUUAAAUUUUUAAAGUCAUAAGUUGUUUGUGUUUGUGUAUAUUAUUAUUUUUUUUUUCAAAAGAGAAAGAUAAUUUCUAAAAACUCAUUCACGAACUUAUGUUUCAAAAAACUCCUCAAUUCCUCAAUUUUCUAUGAUUUUCUGUCCUCUUACGCACCACUUUCUGUUUCUAACCCCACUUUAUAAAUAUCCCCCAAAUAAGCUCGCCUUGCACUCGUACCCCAUAAGUUAAUACCUAUGUUAUGUAACUUUCACUUUCUCUUUGUAUUUUGUUUGGUUUUAAGAUUAUUUUUAUCAAUAAUUUGUAUAGAAUACGCUCCAUAGGGAUACAAUCCACUUGGCUGUUAUAAGUGUAACGUAGAUUUACCUGUAAAAAGAAAAUCAAAAAAUAAAUUGAAAACAAUGUAAUUGAAUUUGAUAGAAUAAUAGUUGGUUAAAAUUAUAAUGUUAACAAAACUAACAAGUAUUUUGAGUCAGCGCUUAGUCGAUACAAUUCACCGUCUAAUUGUAGAAUAAAAAGUAUUGAGUUUGAACUAAUACUAUGCUAUGGCAAGUUAUUCAAAGAUCUGAUAUGUUUUGUGAGAUGUUAAGAUGCUAUUUGAUUUUAUAUAAUGUCCUUUAAGUCCUUGAAUAUUGAAAUGAGACAUCUUAGAACCUUAAUUCCUUUGGAUAGUCACCGCAUUAGUGGACUUUGAUAACCCAGAAAAAAUACUGCUCGUUGGUUGUCGAAACAAAAUUGAUAUUGCAAGCAAGUGAAAAAAGUAAAUUUUGUCCAUAGCCUCAAAACACCUGAGUACGCCGCUUAUCUUAUGUAGGGUCAUAAAAUGAUUAUUAAUCAAGUGGUGGCCUUUUAAAUGGUUCCCUGGUAUAACAUCAAUAUUCCUGAAUUUAAUAUCGUUUGAGUUCUGACACAAAUUAGCAAAUCAGUGUCAAAGAACUUAUAGCUUAUGUCUAAUCUUUCAAAACCUUCUUUACAUUAUUUUCUAAAUUAAAUAAGCUUCGAAAAGCUCAAUCUAUAUGAUGUAUUUUCCUUCCAUCUAUAAAAAAUAUCGAGAAUAUUUCAAAUCUUUAGAUUUCAAAUCUUUUUAUAAGCUUUUUAUAUUCUCUUUCUACACCUUCAUGCAUAAAUUUUAGUGAGUGAGCCACUCCUUUCUUCAAAUAUGGUUUUUAGUUAAAUUUCGAAGUUCAAUGGCUAGAAUGAGAAUGAUUCCAUUUUUAUAUAAUUGCAGAAAAUGGGCAUCUUUCUUAUUUACUUAAGCGGCGGUACUCCUUAAAAUGGAUUUGAAUACAACGAAAAUAAAAAAUCAGCAAAAUAAUUUUUGGUACGUAAGAAUUCAAAAAAGAAAAAAGAGCUGUCCGUUCGUUCGUUCGUUCUCAGACUAGAUCAAAACCAAUCAGGAGUUUGAGAUGACUUUCUAGUCGUUCGAUGGCGACGCGUUUAAGUAUGCCUCAAAAGCAAAUAAACAAUCAUCUCAGAGCCUAGAUUUAUUUUUAGACUGCUUGCAGGUAAGAAUUUCUUUAGAGAAAUAAAGUAAAUUUUUUGUUUGUAUAUAAACGACUCUAAACGAGCAAUUUUGUAAGACUUCACCAACUUAAAGCAAUGGUUCUACGAAAUUGAUUUUGAGAGAUUUUCUUUCUAUAGACAAAAGAUGUCACAUUAUAAUAAUAGAACUAAAAACUAAAAAGAGCCAAUACAAAAAGUCAGUAACUUUAUAAGUAAAGUCGAAGCAAACAAAACGGAUCUUGAUACGGUCCGAGUAAAUGAGUGCCAGUCUUGAGUAAGACAAAUCAUGACUGUUUGUUAAUGGCAGUUAGGGGAGAAGAGAUGUCAAGACUUUUUCUUAAAAAAAAACUCUUCAUAGUCACAUCACAACUUAACAGAUCUUUAAAAUGCCAGUUUUGAGUUAGGUAAUUUUCUUUUUGUUUAACAUAAAUGGUAUGACUGUUUUUCCGAAAUUUACUGUUUCCAAAUAUCACGUUCUUGGCUGUAAUCUGUCGGCUAGCUAUUGGAAAGCGAAACAUUUACUGUUUUGGAAAGUUAAACAAUAAUAUUUAAAGUAAAGUCUUGUACCAAUAUGGCACUGAGGCGCUCUCUAUGAUUCGAUCUCAUGGUCUUCCAAGUUUGGAGACCAACUGCAUGUCUCGAUAUCGCCUGAAAAAAUUUUAUUUUUAUAAAAGGCCGUGAAAAAAUAUCUAAAAUUUCGAACUCAUAACUUUCAUAAUCUUAAAUUAGAUCAAGCUAUGUUAUGACUCAAUAAAAGAUACUUUUUUAUUUACGAAAAAGAUUAAAAACAAAAAAAAAACAUAUGCAUAUACAUUUUCGUAGCUUUAAAUGUGCUUAGAAAAGUUUAACAAAAACAAAAGUCAAGUAAAACAUUGAGUUUUAGAUUUUGAAAUCUGUUUAAUUUUUUCUUUUAACUUUAAUCCUUUUGUUUACGCAUUUUUUCUUUGCCUAAGUUGCUUGAUGGUGAAAACAUAAUAUACAGCAUAAUUUAAAUUUAAAACUAUUUACAUUUUAAAUAUAAUUUAAAAUUUGUUUAAAAUUGAUCAUUAAACCUUUUGUUUUAAUUUGUAAUACAUUAUUAGUUUAUAAGCAGCACCAAUUGUGAUUUUUGAUAAACAAAAUAAAAAAAAAAUUAAGAAAAGAAAAACAACAAAUUAUGUGUGAAAAACAAAUGUUUUUAAUAAUUUUUGUUUGUUAUUUAAGUAUAAUAAAUUAACAUAGCCAUAUGAAUUUAUAUAAAAAUAAAUUAAAAUACAUACAAAUAAUGAAAUUACAAUCUUACUUUUCAUAUUUAUUUGAUAAAAUACAAAAUAAAAACGAAAAAAAAGGAAAAAUUGUUAUGAAACCAUGAACGGUUAUGUAUUGUAUUAUUAUUUAAGUUAUUUUUGUUUUUAAAUUGUAAUUUCAAAAAUUACUGGACGUGUUUGUUGAAUAUUUUGUUUUGUAAACAGUGCGCCAAAAUGAUAUAAGUAAUUAUUUUAAUACAAUAGUAUAGCUAUGUGUAAAAACAAAUAAAAAAUUAAUUAUAUUUUAUAUUUGAUUAUGAAAGAAAAGAAAUGAAAGUUAAAAAUAAAAUACAAACAAAACAAAAAACACAAAUAACAAACAAAAAUAAA